AAAUAUAGAGACGUUAGCAUUUGGACCAUUUUUCAAACUUUGAAAAUGAAAUCAAAUUUUUCAGAUAGAAAGAGAUUUUGUGUGUGAGAGUGAGUGAGUGAGUGUGUACCCUUUCUAAGAAGAAUCUUACAAUCCUUUCCCUAAAAAGCAACACGUUUCCAUCAUCACAAAUCCUUUCAAACAUCCUUAAACAGUUAAACAAAACACAACCUAUAUUUUUUCAAACUUGUCUCAAAACAUGUUCUUUUCCCGUUGAGUAAUAACAACAACAACCCAUUUCACUUUUUCAAUUCAAAAACUUUUCUUACCUAUUUUUUUCCUCAAAGAUGGAUACUUUAUCACAAAAUUCUCAAAAAAAAAUUGAUGGGUCUCUUUCUAGUUUCACUGAUUCAAGUGUUGAGUCUAGAACAACUAGUUUUAAUGGAUCUAAUUCUAGCUCAUCAAUUUCUACUUCAGAAGAAGCUAAAUCAAAUGGGUUUUCUUCUAAUACUCCUCUUGGUUGGCCUAUUCUUAAAGCCACACUUUCCAAUUCAAAGCGUUUAAAUUCUGAUGAGAAAGAAAAUAAGCACAAAUCUAAAUUGGAACACUCAAAAUUUACCACCAUUGAUUUAAAAAUCUCAGAUGUUGAUAUGAUGAAGGAAAGGUUUGCAAAAUUGUUGCUUGGUGAAGAUAUGUCAGGUUCAGGAAAAGGGGUUUGCACUGCUUUGGCAAUUUCUAAUGCCAUUACUAAUCUAUGUGCUACUGCAUUUGGGCAACUAUGGAGACUAGAACCACUACCAUGUGAGAAGAAAGAAAUGUGGCAGAGAGAAAUGGAAUGGCUUCUUAGUGUUAGUGAUCACAUUGUUGAAUUAAUACCUUCUUGGCAAACAUUUCCGGAUGGAAAGAAACUCGAGGUAAUGACUUGCAGGCCUAGGACAGAUAUUUGUAUCAACCUUCCAGCACUUCGCAAACUUGAUAACAUGUUACUAGAAAUAUUAGACAGUUUCACGGCUACCGAAUUUUGGUAUGUUGAUCAAGGAAUUGUAGCUGCUGAUGCAGAUGGUUCGGGCUCUUUUCGCAAGUCUAUUCAGCGGCAAGAAGAGAAGUGGUGGCUCCCCGUACCCCGUGUUCCCCCUGAAGGUCUCAGUGAGAACUCUAGAAAGAAUUUGAAUCACUCAAGAGAAAGUGCUAGUCAAAUUCUCAAAGCAGCUAUGUCUAUCAACAGCAUUGUUUUGGCCGAAAUGGAAGUUCCCGAGUCAUAUUUGGAAACACUCCCUAAGAAUGGAAGAACUUGCUUAGGAGAUUUUAUUUACCGAUACAUCACAUCCGAUCAAUUCUCCUCAGAGUGCCUGCUUGAUUGCUUAGACCUAUCUUCUGAACAUACUGCACUUGAGAUUGCAAACCGUUUAGAAGCUGCAAUUUAUGUAUGGCGUCGAAGAUCUCACCACAAAUCAUCCCCUAGUCCCAACCGUUCAACUACAAAGUCAUCAUGGGGGAUAGUCAAGGAUUUCAUGCUUGAUGGAGAUAAGAGAGAACUGCUAGCUAAUAGAGCUGAAAACAUUCUAAAUUCAUUGAAGCAUCGGUUUCCGGGAUUAACACAAACUACCUUGGAUACCUGCAAGAUCCAAUGCAACAAGGAUGUUGGAAAAUCUAUUCUCGAAAGCUACUCUAGAGUUUUGGAGAGCAUGGCUUUCAACAUUGUGUCACGCAUCGAUGAUUUGUCAUACGUUGAUGACUUGACAAAACAUUCAGAUAAAUUUGCAUUGGUUCCUCAUACAACAGUUAAUAUAGUUUCUCAGCAAAAGAUUUCGCGUCCAUUUUCAGUGUCCGUCUCAGGCACUCCACACAAAGCAGCAUUUGGCACACCUAAGUUUUCGCCUGUGCCAUUGAUCAGUCCUGUAAGAGGGGAGAGAACUCCUUUCCUCCACAACAAUAACAACAACAAUGUCAACAACAUAAAACCUCAGCGUCGCGGCUUUGGGGUGAGAAGAGCAUUGUCAAAUUAUCUUGGUGUUGAGACUAAAACAAAGACAUGUACCAAUUCAACUGAGGUUAAUUGUUCAAACCCAGGUAGCAAGAAAACAGAACAACCAGAACAACAAUGUCAGAAGGAAACAUGUGCUGCGAAAAACAAGACAAAAUAACAAGGUUAUCUAUUGAGACACAAACAGUUUCCUAGGGGAAGGAAAUUUGGUUGAGCACAAAAGUCUUGUAAACAUUUACUAUUAAUUUUUUUUUUAUUCCCCUUUCAUUUGUAUUUUAUUUGGUAGUUGAGAAUUUGAAUUCAUAGUUAUUAUUACUAAAUUCUGAUGUAGUAGGUGUUUAUAUUUUUGAAUUUAAAUAUGCUUGAAAUCAGGUUCAAAUGAUAUUUCAGCAAUUAAUUGGAUGA